AUGGCAGACGACACCAGACAAUCGCCCAAAGAAGACCUGUCCCGCGAGGCCUUGACCGUCAGUCCAGAGCAGAAACCUUUCGCGGGCUCCCAAUGGCAGGACGGCAAAGCACAACCCUACAAACCUGGUGAAAAUGCGAAUGCUUUCGCAGAAGGCGGAUCGCAGCAUACAGCAGGAGGACAGGUACCGGACGUGACCAUGUGGAAUGCUCUGACUGUUGGACAACCGAUCACGGAGAUCCACAAGAGGCCUUGUGUGCGGGAUGGGUUGAUGACCGGGAUUGGGGCUGGGUUUGCUACGGGUGGUGUUAGAUUGAUAUUUGGAGGUAAGAAAAAGAUGUGGUUGAUCGUUUGAUGUCAUGCUGAUGGUGUGGAUAUAGGUGGAACAUGGAAAUCUUGCAAUUGGGCUGUCGGGGCAUGGGCUGCUGGAUCGGCCAUCAUGUACCAGUACUGCUUACAUCGACGGCAAGCUGAGAAGGAGGGCAUGACGAGGGCGAUGGAGAUUCUGAAUCGAAAAGAGGUGGAGAGAAAGGCGAGGGAGCAACGGAAAGAAAAGAUGAGGGAGGAGAGGAGAGCGGCGAAGGAAGAAGAGCAAGACGAGAAGCUAAGACAACUGAAAGCGAAAAGUGAAGGUGGGAAGUCUUGGUGGAAAGUAUGGUGA